CCAGUUUGGUUUCCCACGUCUCUCACCAUCGUCUUUUGUUCUGCGGAGGGGGCAUUGAGGUGCUUCACUGAACCAUUAGCCUGGAUGUCUUUGGUCGGAGGCCCAACAUAACAGAAGAACUGAGCUUUAUCAACUGGCAGGUCAUGCCCUGGGAAACACCUCACCACACCCUGAGAAGAGUCAGCUCACCUGUCUCCACCUGAGGGAGCAGAGGAUCUCCUCUGAGUCUCUCCUAGGUCACUGAUCUUCUCUCCUUAGAUAGUCCAGGCAGCAGAGAGCUUUGUCCUCUGACUCAGCUCAAGUUUUUUAACUUCAUUUAUUAGCAUAUCAUUAGUAUAUUUUAUGUAUACAGUUUUAAAAAUCUAUAUUUUUUAAAGACAUAUUCUAAACAUUUAACGCAUUUCCUCAUUUACCUUUUUUAUUACCUCUCAUUUAGACAACCAAGUUUGUGUUUUAGCCGAGGCUGUGUGUGUGUGUGUUUUUUUUACUUCAUGUGGUCGAUCCUUCAGUAUUUUUGCUGAUCUGUUUCAUCAGCAAAAAGCUUCAUCCCUGGACCACAGAAUCAGCGACACUCUGGCAUGUUUUCACACACGCAACUCAGACUCUUUUCACACCUAAGAUUCUUUGUCAAACCUCAUGUCUUAUUUCAGCAGAAAUGAAAAUCCAGCUGAGGGGGAUCAGCCAGUCUUGUCUCCUUCUUCUUCAGCUGUUGCAUCUGCUUGGACGGAACAAAGCUGAGAAACAAACGUGAGCCAGCAGUGUGACCUCUGGUUGACCUUUCUGCCCUGACGUUGCAGAUCUGGAGGGGAAGCUGUCCAGUCCCAGAGGAGCCCAGACGGUCCACAUGACCCUGAUGAUGCACAGCUGGGUGGUUCCCUCGCGGACUUUCGCCCAAAAACUCCUCACCUUGUAUAAAGACUGUCCCGCUGACUGCAGAGGGCUGAGGCGCGCACAGAUAUGCCACCUCCUCAGUGGAUCAGCCAGUUCCCAGCCGUGUUUGAAGCAGACCCUCUGCUGGAGCAGACCAUGGGGGACAUGUGGGCGCUGGUUCGCUCGGACGGACACGGGACGCAGUCACAGAUCAUGGACACCUCCUGCUUAAGCCCCCAAAUCGAUGUCACUCAGGCCCCCUCGCCCUCCGUGAAGAAGAGGAAAGUGUCUCUCAUCUUUGACCACAUGGAGCCGGACGAUAUGGCCAAGCAUUUGAGCUACUUGGAGUUCAAGAACUUCUGCAACGUGUCGUACCUGGACUACCGCAGCUACGUGGUGCGCGGCUCUGUGCGGGACAACCCCGCCCUGGAGCGCUCCGUCAUGAUGUGCAACGGCGUCUCGCAGUGGGUGCAGCUGAUGAUCCUGAGCAGACACACGGCCCAGCAGAGGGCGCAGGUCUUCACCAAGUUCAUCCACGUGGCCCAGAAACUUCGGGCUCUUCAGAACUUCAACACUCUGAUGGCCGUGACUGGAGGACUCUGUCACAGCUCCAUCUCCCGCCUAAAAGACACGUCCAACCUCCUGCCGCCCGACGUCACCAAGGCUCUGAGCGAGAUGACUGAGCUUCUCUCAUCACGCAGCAACUACAGCAACUAUCGCCACGUCUACAGCGAGUGCACCGGCUUCAAGGUGCCCAUCCUGGGGGUCCACCUGAAGGACCUGAUCUCCCUGAACGAGGCCCUGCCAGAUUACCUGGACGAGGAGAAGAUCAACCUCAGCAAGCUGCAGCACCUGUACAGCAACAUCAACGAGCUGCUCGCCGUUCACAGCUGCUCGCCGCCGUUCGAGGCCCACAAAGACCUGCUGCACCUGCUCACGCUUUCUCUAGAUCUUUACUACACUGAAGACGAAAUCUACGAGCUGUCAUACACCAAGGAGCCCAAAAACCUCAAAAUCCAGCCCGUGACGCCAGUGAAGCCGCCGGUCGUGGCAGAAUGGGGGUCAGGGGUCAAGCCACGCCUGGACCCCGACACCAUCUCCAAACACGUCAAGCACAUGGUGGACUCCAUCAUGAAGAACUAUGACCAGAAGCAGGACGGCUACAUCUCGCUGGAGGACUUUGAGAAGAUUGCUGCCAACUUUCCCUUCUCCUUCUGCACUCACGAAACUGACAGGCUCGGCCAGAUCAGCCGCGAGGAAAUCACCUCCUACUUCAUGCGGGGAAUGUCGGUUUGCGCCAAGCUGGGCUACAACUUCAAAGACGCUCACAACUUCCAUGAAACCACAUACAAGAAGCCCACCUUCUGCGACACCUGCGGACUGUGGGGCGUCAUCAAACAAGGCUUCCACUGCAAAGACUGCGGGAUCAACUGCCACAGACACUGCCGGGACCUGGUGGGGAUGGAGUGCUCAAAGAAACACAAGAACACGGUGGGAUCCUGCCCAUGCACGCCGCUGCCGGACUCCAAGAGCAAAGGUUCGGAGGAGGAGACCUUUGUUUUCCCUCAAGGUCACCACACCAACCACGACAGAGGCGGCGCCAGUGUGUCGCACCGCUCCACCCAAACUGACCCGGGCAUCUGGACCCCUGAGAGGAAAGACAGCAAGACCAGCAACCACAUCUCCACGGUGCAGCCGUCUCCAGACAGGCAGAGGCGUCGCCGAGACGUCCCGGUUUCCUUCCUUCACGAGAAGCUGUGCGAGCUCCACCUACCCAAGGAGAAGAGCCGAGAGCCGGACUGAGCUCCGGCCAGAAGCCUUCAUGGACUCUUUUUCUGGCAACACUGGUGCUGAAGCCGAGACUUCCUCCUCGGGUCACAGAUGUGUGUGUGUGUCUCAGUGUGUGUCUGUUGACUCUGCGUCCUCACGUAAUUCAUGAGUUUGUGGCAUGUUGCUGUUGGGCCAAGAAUGUGUCAGAAAUAUCAGCAGCAGAUGAUCCGUCGCAUGAACUGAAUAAACUGUGAACAAAGAUCUUCAUUCCAAACCCUUGCUGACGACUCGACUGCUUGGGUCUCACAUGGGGUGUGAGGGCCUCCCUGAUGUAUGAAAGAGAACAAGGGAGGCACCGAAAGAAACAUUUGUGGCUCAAGACGAAUAAAAUUUAAAAUGGCGGAUACUGAAUGUUAAAUGUGGUAAUGUAUUUACUUUUUUUAAUGUUGCAUAAAUAGUCUAGAAUACAUUUUUAUACAUUUUUCAAAGGAAUGUUUAGGUGAUUGAAUAUUUUGAUAUACUUCUCUAAAAAAACAUUUUCGCCUUUUCUUUUAAAAAAAAAAAAAGAGCAGAAACUUUUUCCAUUUAUAUUAGUUUUUCAAGCAAAACCACACUGAACAGGCUAAUGUAAGCAGAAGGCUCCAGUCAUGAGGAUGGUCAGGCCACGCUUGAUACUUGACACCAUGGACAACAAAGAUCCAAUAAAGAGGAAACAUGUGGUACAUGAGUCGGAAAAUCUAAAUCAUUUCCACUUGUGUUGAACCACUCCUGUUCGGUCACCAGUAUGUCACAGAUGAAGUGGGGGAUUGGGUUGCCAGGUUUGUACAAAGAAGCCACAGAGAAUGGUGGAGUGGGUUGCCAGAGCUUGUCUGCCUCUGCGCCUCAAAAAUGUUAUUGCCUCGCGUUAUUUGAAGAGAAAAUCAUUGUGCAGGCUGCGCUGCAUGUUGUUUGACUGCGUGAUCGCAUCACACGGCAUUAUUUAAUUUCAGUGACUAAUUUUUUUUCACCAGUUAUAAUAUAUCUGACCAUUCUGUAGCAGAGAAUUUUCAGUUCUCCGCCACUAGAUUAUUGCAUGGGCUAUAAAAAGAAGAAGGACAUGCAGCAAUGUGUUGAUCGUUUGGAUAGAGAACGUCUGUUGGUUUUUGUUAUUCUGGAGUGAACCUCAGGGUUUCCAGCUCUCUGGUCACUUCACAACACCUCUGUUAGCUUAGCGGGGCCACAUACAUAUGGAUUUUCAAAAUAUUUGUCUGUCAGAAGCCAAGAAAAGAAGCCUGGAGAUGAUCAUAAUGUCACCCUCAAUGCAGCACAGAUAUGUAGAGAUCCGAUUGUCAAACUCGUACUCCAAACCCGGAAAUAAAGGAAUCGCUAAAACCAUUCCAAUAUUCAGCAUCGCUACAAGCAGCAAACGCAACACAGAAGCGCAUCGGCUGAUGGUGGGUUUGGGUUAUUUCUAACCAUAUGAAUCCCAAAAGAAACAGAAGUAGA